CUACUCCCCCCGAAUGACCUCGAAAUGUAUUAGUCUGUUUUAAUGGAAGACUUGGCAGUUGUCUGUGACAAAAAUGAGGAUUUUCUCUGCACUUUCUUCAUUUUGUUACAGCAAAGGCUUUGCUGCCAAGAUGAAGUACAUCAGCCUGGUGAUCCUGGUUGUCCAGAACGCCUCUCUGAUCCUGACGAUGCGCUACGCCCGCACCAUGCCCGGAGACAUGUUCUUCUCCACGACCGCAGUGGUGAUGGCGGAGGUGUUCAAACUGCUGGGCUGUGUCCUCAUCAUCAUGUGUCAGUAUGUGGGCUUCAGGGCCUGUACCCAGCACCUGUAUGAAGAGCUGUUCCAGAAUCCCAUGGAUAGUUUAAAGAUGGCUGUUCCUGCACUUGUUUACACCCUGCAAAAUAACCUGGCUUAUGUGGCCAUUUCCAACCUGUCUGCUGCAACUUUCCAGGUGACCUACCAGUUAAAGAUCAUGACCACAGCCCUGUUCUCCAUCGUGAUGCUGGGGAAGAGCAUCAGCCGUCUGCAGUGGGUCUCGCUGUUCCUGCUGUUUGCCGGCGUCUCUGCCGUCCAGCUGGAGUCUACCGGCGCCACCAGCUCUGGAAAGGCGACGGGGGAGAAAGUAGAAACCGAACAGAACCCUCUCCUUGGGUUGAUUGCUGUGGUCGUGUCGUGUAUAUCCUCCGGCUUUGCUGGGGUGUUUUUCGAGAAAGUCCUGAAAGGUUCAGUGGCGUCGGUCUGGAUCCGAAACAUCCAGCUGGCCUUUUUCAGCAUCCUCCUUGGACUGGUGUCCAUGUGGACAAAAGACGGGGCCGGCGUCUCCGAAAAGGGCUUCUUUUACGCCUACAACUGGGUGACGUGGAUGACGGUGUGCAUGCAGGCUUUCGGCGGCCUCUUGGUCGCAGUGGUUGUCAAGUACGCAGACAACAUCCUCAAAGGCUUUGCCACUUCCUUCUCCAUCAUUCUCUCGUGCAUCGCGUCGGUGUACCUCUUCAGCUUCCACAUCACGGCACAGUUCGCCUUCGGAGCAUCGUUAGUCAUCUUUUCCAUCUACCUGUAUGGCCGUCCUUCGCGACCGACUGUUACAAACCAUGACGGACAGAAGGGCCUCCCGACCAAGAUAUCUGAAACUGGGCCUAAGUCAAAGAAGGCAGAGUGAUUGCAUGGCGGUGUGAAGUCCUGUCCUGUCAAACAUACACUAGAGGCAGACCAGGGAGGAUCAAGUUUAUACAAAUAGACCAAUCCUGACUGUCCGUCACCAUUAUUAGCAGAUCAACCAGUGAUGUU